AUGGCAGACACCCGCUUCAUUUCGUGGAGUAUGAUCCAGGCAGGGAAGGCGAGCGAAGAAAGUGAGAGGAUAGAGCUAACACCAUGGGAUCUAAAACACCUAUUAGUAAGCUACAUCGAGGAAGGAUUGUUCUUCCAUAAGCCCAAACCCAAGGCAGAUGAAGCAGAACACGCCUUAAUCCACCACUUGAAAACCUCACUUUCACGUACGCUCGACUUCUUUCCCCCACUUGCUGGUCGCCUUGCCACCAUUGAACAUGAAACCACUUCUUUCUUCAUUGACUGCAACAAUGCCGGAGCCUUGUUUGUCCAUGCUGUAGCUGAGCAACUACGCAUAUCCGAUCCCGUCUAUGUUCCUGAAAUCGUCGACACCUUUUUCCAAUUCGAUGGAGUUAAGAACAUUGAGGGCAUUUCAAAACCAUUGCUUGCUGUGCAAGUAACUGAGCUUGCUGAUGGCAUUUCCAUUGCUUGCACUAUCAAUCACUCUGUUGCGGAUGGUUGUUCGUUUUGGCAUUUCUUUAAUUAUUGGUCAGAAUUUUCUCGUGGUUUUGAUUAUUUAUCAAAGCUUCCCAUAUUUAAGAGACCAGUUAUUGAUGAUAUAAAUUACCCUAUUCGGAUUCGUUUAAAAAAGGAGCAAAUUCAAGAACAUUCCUUUCAAGCGGGUAAUUUGAAAUCAAGAGUGUUUAAUUUUACAAAACAGAGAAUUGUGGGAAUAAAAGGGAAAGUUAAUGCUGAGAUUAACACCAACAAGAUUUCGUCUCUUCAAGCACUCCUGUCUCUGUUUUGGAAAUCCAUCGUUCGAAAUAGGCAGGCUGAUCCGAAGCGAGAGACCAUGAUUUUCUUAAUGUUUGGUGUUAGGAAAAGAAUGCAGCAGGUAGCAGAAGAGUAUUUUGGAAAUGCAAUUGAAGGUGCAAUGGUGAGUUUGAAAGCAGGAGAGCUGAUGGAGAAAGGGUUUGAAAAUGCUGCAUGGGAAAUCAACCAGAUUGUUGCGAAUCAAAGUGAGAAAAACUUGAGAAACUCAUUCAAGUCAUGGGUAAAUAAACCUUUGCUGUUCCAAGCAGGGAAAAUGAUGAACAAUGCUUUGUUAACUGCCGUAAAUGUCUGA